UUCGGGAAUCGGUUCCCAGGGCUAAAUAGAAGUAAAGCCUGUUUUAGGAUCGAACGGUGUCGCAGUUGAUCGUGUUGAAGUUUAUAUUUUUUAAAGAUCCUGGCAUUAACAAACAGGAGGGUGACUGAGUCUUCGUGGUGGUUUGUAAUGUAUGAAUGGAUAGUUGAUGGACUGUCGUCGCUGUUUGUUCCGUUUUCCGUGUUUUCUGGAGGGAAUUCGCCGAACUGGCCUAAGGACAGUAACCAGGCGCCACCACAAGACGAGGUCACUUACGAAACACAACAACAACAGGAUAAUUACCGACCUGCCAAACGAAACUAUCAAAGUAUUCACUCUCCUGAUGGAGUGUCCGAGCAGCUGGAAGUCAAAAGACCAAGACGAGAUGUGAUCGUCCGAGUUGUGAAGAAGACUUUCACUAGGAUCGCAGGGCUGCUACGUUUGCGACAACACAAGCCGCACCAUUAUGAAAAGGAGAGAGACUGUAGAGAAACGCAGAUUGGACAUGUUGCUUUAGUGGGAAUUGAUGAAAUUCACAGCAACGGCAUAAAUAAGUGGACGAUUGGUGGGGAUGUUAAAAUGGAGAAACCGAGAGAGAUGGGGUUAAGUGGGAAAGAGAGGAGUGUGCCAAACGUUUGUGUCGGUGCUCAGCCCCUGAGAAGGAAAUUUGAAAGCGGAUCAGUGUUAUAUAUGGGAAACCAGGACCGGCAGAAGGAGCUUCCACACAGGCGGUCACUGCACUUGCUGCCGUCACGCCCUGUCCUCCCUGACACAGAUUUCCCUGGCCGCACACACAAACCCUGCCUCGCUGUAGAGGAGGCCCUAAAAGAAAGCGAUAGAGAGCACUACAGAAAGCUGGUGGAGAUGGUGUCUGAGAAGUACUCGAAGAACAAACCGCUGCCGUUUGGACGAGUGAAACCGCCGACCACGACUUUUCCCCACGGCCGUACUACUCCCGAGAUCAGCAAACCUACACCAAUCAAAGUGAACCCACAUGCACCAGUGUGGAGGAAUUCUAAUCUAAAAAGCUACGUAAAGGACAGUGCACCAGUCAGUGAUGUUGGGAGGAAGAAAUCAGACCAACCGCUGAAUAAAAACAGGCUAUUAGACGUGGAUCUAUCCGUCGAGGUAGAAACCCGGCUGAACCUGAAAGACAGAGAGACCACUGCAGUGUGCCAGACCCGUGCCGAACCUGUGUUUGACACGAGCAAGCACCUGGAGGAGGAAUUUCCCAGACUGACAAAGGAGAUGCAACAGGAGGUGAGUGUUGCUCUUGCACACAGAGAUCCUGACCUAAUUCUGAGCAGCGCUUUCAAACUGCGUAUCACACAGAGAGAUCUGGCAACCCUGCAGGAGGGCUGCUGGCUCAACGAUGAGGUGAUCAAUUUCUACCUUAACCUGGUGAUGGCACGGACGGAGCAGGAAGCAUGCGGGAGGAAGGUGUACUGCUUUAGCACCUUCUUCUUUCCUAAGCUGCAUGGGGGUGGCCACGAAGCCGUGCGUCGCUGGACCAAGGCCGUCGACCUCUUCCUCUACGACUUCAUCCUCAUCCCUUUGCACCUGGGGGUCCACUGGUCUCUUGCCGUCGUCGACUUCAGAGCAAAGUCUGUGAGGUCGUACGACUCCAUGGGUCAGAGGCACGAUGACAUUUGUAACAUGAUACUGAUGUACAUAAAGGAGGAGUGUGAGGUGAAGAAAGGCAAAGGUCUGGAAAUCUUAAAGUGGACGGUGACCAGCUUACGAGCUACUGAGGUUCCACAACAGAAGAACGGAAGUGACUGCGGGGUCUUUGUGUGCAAGUAUGCCGACUAUAUCGCACGUGGACGACCCUUUACCUUUAGACAGUGUCACAUGUCAUAUUUCCGUAAAGUGAUGAUCUGGGAGAUUCUCAAUCAGAAGCUGCUGCAGUAGGAGGGCAAAAAAAAAAAAACAGAACAAACUGAACUUGAUCUGACCAAAGCACCAGACCACACAACGCAUGUCCUCUGCAUUUCUCUACAGACGUCUGCUUCCGUCCUACCCUCGGCCCUGUCCGGUCCGUUCGGACGGGUGGUGGUGGUUAAAUCACUGGUGUGUGUGUGUGUGUGUGGGUUCGGAUGGAUGAAGGUUCGGGUUAGACGGUCAGCCACAUAAUCAGCACAUGGAGAAUGGAGUUUUGUUUUUUUUUUCUUCCCUAAUUGCUUUGUCGUUAAUAAAGCAUUUGUCAUUCCUUAGAAUGGUCUUAUUGACCCUUUGAGAUGUGAUCAUUCGAACGUAUGCUGAUGUAAAGAAGCGCAUGACGGUCUCUUUUUCGUUUUGUUUUGUUUUCUCCUCCAUGGGCUGAACCUUUUAUAGUAUUUUUACCACCGUGUUUGAACUAGGAAAAAGGAAGGAAACAACUUAUUUAUUAAGCUGGAUAAAAAAACAGGUUUGAUUUUCUUUCAUAGCAAUCACGGGCAAUGACGGAAGUGAAUGUAUGCGAGAGCUUUAUGGUACCUGAGCUGUGGAUUGCAGUGAAAGCUCCAGUAUUUAUUGCGUGUCGUUUAGUCCAGAGUGCCUUGAUGAUGGCUAUUUUUUGUCCAAUCUUUUUCUAAAUCUGUAGGAGACAAAUAGAUUUACUAAAACACACUACAUGUGUGCUACUGGAGGUGUGUGUGUGUGUGUGUGUUUGCCUGAAAUGAGACAUUACUGAGGUAUGUACAGUAUAAAGAGUGUUUGGUGACAAAAACCUGUUUUUAUAUAUUUGACUUGGAUUAUAUGCGAUAUUUGUAAUGCAAGUAUGUUUUCUUUUUUCCAAACUGGAAGGAUAAUGGAUGCCAAACAGACAUGGUUAUGGUUUCAGAUCUCUAAUAUUGCAUGGUCAAGGAAAGCCCUUUAAAAGGAGCAACAAGUAGCAUUAUUUAUCUCUGGCCUGCCAGUCGUAUUACGAAAACCCUGUUUUUAUUUUCUUCCCACCUUUUGUAAAACCAUGCCAGUAGGUGGAAUGAUGAUGCUCAAGUGCAAAUGUAUACGUGUACAUGGUGUCCUGCAGUGUACCAGCUUCCCACCCUGGGUGUAUGUCUGUCUGCUUCGCUCUCAGACCCGCACCCAUGACCAAGGCUCGCUGAAGACGAACCAAUGAAACCGUAUAGCCGUUUAAUUUCCUUCAGUUUCAGUAUACAGCAGAUAGAAAAAGAUGUUCAUCAGCUUCAUCUCUUCCCAUCGUGCAGAGUUCUCAGUUCUCCUUCUGCGACAGGAUUUAACACGAAUAUUUCAGAUUUUAUUGAAAAAUUCACAUUUUUGCUCCUUUCUUUUCUAAUGCAAUCUUUAUUUAUGACCUAAUAUCUUUUGGUUUAGUUUAAACUGAACUGUUAGUUUUGUCUGAUCUGUUUGUGUGUGUGUGUGUGUGUGUGUGUGUGUAAGAUUGAGUGUGUGCAGUUUAUAAGUUUAACUGAAAUUCGGAGGACUACUGUAUAUGCGCAGUUUUUGUUUUUUUGUUCAUUCAAAAUGUUGGUAAUUAUUUUUAUAAAGAAUAAACUACUGGAAGGAAAA